AUGGCUGAAGAAAAUCAGUCACCAUCAACAUCUGAUCAUCCAAAUGUCCCUUCAACUGAGACAAAAACAUCAAAUCAUUCAAAAAAAAAUGAACUUCAAAAAGAAAAUACACUUUAUACAGAACCUCAACCAAAAUGUUAUAUUGGAGUUGGAAAUAAUUCAGAAUUAAUUGAAAGUAUUUUAACAUCAAUUGGAUAUGAACGUCAAAUCGAAAAAACAGAUGAUUUUAAAUUAAAAUGGGUUCAAUGUAAUCAAAGUGUUAAUUGGAAUUCAUUUAAAGAUGGUGAACAGAUGGUUAAUCAUAUACAAGGUGAAGAUUAUUUUACAACUAAACUUCAAUUAUGGCAAUCAUUACAAACAUAUGAAAAAAUUUCAAUGACUAUGCAAAAACGUUCACUACAAUUUUUACCAUUAAAUCAAUUUGUUCCUGAAACAUUUAAAUUAGAUGAAAAAAAUGAUCGAGAUGCUUUUUUCAAUACACAUAAACCUGGUGAUGUUUGGAUUUGUAAACCUAGUGGACUUAAUCAAGGAAAAGGAAUUUAUCUUGUUCGAGAUAUUGAAAGUUUAAAAAGUAAAUUUGCUGAAAUUGAUGCUAUGGACAGGAAAAAACAAAUAUCAGUCAAACCAAUGAAGAGAGUUAUUCAACGUUAUAUUAUGAAUCCAUUAUUAGUUCAAGGAAAAAAAUUUGAUAUUCGAUGUUAUAUGCUUAUAUCAAGUGUUAAACCACUUUUGAUUUUUUAUCAUUCAGGUUAUAUUAGACUUUCAAUGUUUGAUUUUGAUAAUAAUGAUGAAAAUCUUCUUACACAUCUUACUAAUCAGUAUAUGCAAAAAAAAGAUCCAAAAUAUUACGAUAUUAAAGAAGACACAGCAUGGACUAUGGAACAAUUUAAUGAUUAUGUUAAUAAAAAUCUUGCAUCAAGUAAAAAUCUUGAACAAGAUUGGGUUCUAAAUGUAUUACCUAAAACCAUUCAACGUAUUAUGUUAAAUGUAAUUGAAAGUAUUCGAAUGAGAUUAAAAAGACGUAUUGGUUGUUUUGGUUUAUAUGGUUAUGAUUUUAUGAUUGAUCAAGAUAUGAAAGUUUGGUUAAUUGAAAUAAAUGUUAAUCCAGCAUUAACAACAAAUACAAAUACACUUGUUCAAGCUAUUCCUCCUGUUGUUAAAGAAUCCAUUUUAUUAUCAAUUGAAUGUUUUGAAAAACUUCGUCAUAAUCAAAAAAUCUUUCCAUUAAAAUCUUUGAAAGGAUUUAGAUGUAUUUAUAAUGAAUUAGAAAGAAAAGGUUCAUUACCUUAUAUUGAACAAAGACGAGCAGCAUCAUCUUCACCAAAUACACGAAAACUUCCUCCAAUUGUUGCUCCUCCAUUAGCACCAUCUCCUAAAACAAAUACAAAUAAUUCUCCACCAAAUUCUCCAAAAACAAUAUCAAAAAAUAAUGAUCAACAACAAACAUCUGUUACACAAAAAAAUGUUAUACCAAAUAUAAAUCGUACAAAUGUUGAACGUCCAAAAGUAAAUCGUUCAUCAGAUUCAAUAUUAUCAUCAUUAACAACAACAAAUCAUUCAUUUCCAAUAGUUAAUCCUCCAUCAAGUGAAACAAUGGUUAUGAGAUAUCAAACAAUUCAAAGAUAUAAAACUAAUUUUGAAAUAUUAAAACCAGCAACUGUUAUUGCUGAAGAAUGGAAAAAUUUAGAUCGAACACAAAAAGAUCGUUUAGCUAUUGGAGGUCCUAAAGCUCUUGGACACGGGGCAGUUGCAUCAACUUCUUCUUAUCAGAAAGAUCAAAAUUGGCUUGUCACUGGAAGACAACUUACUGUGGUUGAUACCAAAACACUCGGUACAUGGCUUAAACAACGACAACAACAACAACAGGAGAAAGAAAAAGAGAAAGAAAACGAAAACGAAAAUGAAAAAAAUAAUCGAAUUGAAAAAUUGUCAAAUAGUUCAUCUGGAAAUUCUUCUGAAACAUCAUCAACAACAACAACAACUGGUGGUGAUAAUCCAACAGCAAAUUUACCUGGAAAUUUUCAAAAAAUAAAUAAAACACGUUCAUGUUCAGCAACAUUACGUGGUCAAAGUUUACUACCUGAAAAGCCUUUAAUUAUUAAAGAAAUAGUUCAUAGAUCACAUCCAUGGGAAUAUGAUGAUUAUUCAUCUCAACAAGAUUCUGUUGAACCUUUAACGAAAUCAGCACUUAUUUAUCGUUUAAUGCGUUCAAGACUUGAAGCCAAUUUAGCUAAAUCAAUAUCAGCCAAUAGAGAUCGAUCAAAUAAGAAGAAGAAAUUAUUUUCAUCUACAACAACAUGA